AUGUUACAUGAAAGACAUCCUAAUCAAGCUACUACUUGCAGUGAUAUUGGUGACGUUCAUCGGUUAUUGGGAGAUUAUAAAAAGGCGAUUGCCUUUCAUCAAAAAGCAUUAAAUAUUCAAGAAAAUAUUGAAUGUAAUCCUCUGGAAUGUGCAACGACAUACACAAAUUUAGGUGAAACUUAUCGAGAAAUGAAAGAUUAUUCAACAGCAUUGACAUAUCUUAAAAAAGGAUUACAAAUACGUGAAAAUAAAUUACCAAAAAUCAUCCUGAUUUAG